AUGUAUAUGGAUUUAUGUCUUUUUACAGUAUUUUUUUUUUUUUCAUUAAUAUAUGCUUAAACAAAAUUAAGUAAUAUAAAUGAUUCAUUUAGAUAAAAAAUUAUCUAGUACAACAUGUGAUUUGUACAUGUCUUUUAUAUCUUUAUUAUCUUUUACUUUUUAUUACUAAGUAAAUUAUUUUAAUGAACAGAGAUUAGAAAAAUCGGUAAGAAAUUUAAUUUCUUUUUAAGUACAAUAAAUGAAAAUACUUUUUAAGUCAUUGUUCUUAUACUUGAAGGUAAGACUUUCAUAGAGAAUAAAUUAUACAUAGCAUAGCUAUCUCACAAAUUGUAAGUUUGGUAUCGCUGUUUAAUGUGAAUCCCGGCUCGUGCACUCGUGCCUUCCAUUUUUCAUUCAAAGUUCUUAAAUGCAUUUUUGUUCUUGAACAAAAUACAAUAUAUUUGUUAUAAAUUCUUAAUUUCUAAGUUGUCGUAGCAAUAUAUAAACGUGAUUUUAGUAAAUAGUAUAAUAGAAUAAAAUGAAUGAGUUUAAAUUCCCUAAAGCUCCUAAUGGAAUGGGAUUUGCUGCUUCAUGCCUUGCGGCAGUCGGCAUGACGGGUUAUGGUGUUUGGAAAUCUAUGUAUACAGUGGAAGCUGGUCAUAGAGCAAUCAUAUUCUCACGUUUGGGAGGAAUUCAGCAAGAUAUUUUAACUGAAGGUCUUCAUUUUCGUGUUCCAUGGUUUCAUUGGCCAAUUAUUUAUGAUAUUAGAAGUAGACCUAGAAAAUUAUCUUCACCUACAGGAUCCAAAGAUCUACAAAUGGUCAAUAUUUCUCUUCGUGUGCUUUCUCGUCCUGAUGCAACUCAAUUACCUGCAAUGUAUCGUCAUUUAGGUCUUGAUUAUGAUGAAAAGGUCUUACCAAGUAUUUGUAAUGAAGUAUUAAAAUCAGUUGUUGCAAAGUUUAAUGCAUCUCAGCUAAUUACACAGAGGCAACAGGUGUCAAAUUUAGUAAGAAAAGAAUUAACCGACCGUGCUCAAGAUUUUAAUAUUGUUUUAGAUGAUGUGUCAAUAACUGAAUUAAGUUUUGGUAAAGAAUAUACAGCUGCUGUAGAAUCUAAACAAGUUGCUCAACAGGAGGCACAAAGAGCCGCGUUUUUCGUAGAAAAAGCAAAACAAGAGAAACAACAAAAAAUUGUUCAAGCAGAGGGUGAUAAACGGAAGGGCUUGGCAAACUGGAAUGAUGCUAUGCAAAGUGCUGUGAAAACUUUAAAAUCUGAACAUCAAACAUCAGUGAAAACCAAUGAAAAACCGUUACUUAAAGAUUCUUUACCAAUAUCUUCAGAAGAACAAGUAUCAAUUCUAUUGGAUUCUGCAGAUGGUGGAGCAAAAAUGAUUCAAACACAACAAGAUAAGGUUCAAGAAGAAGAUGUAUCAAUUGGAAAGUAUGGAGAUACAGGACUAAUACAAAGUAAAGAUAAACAUACAGAAAGAAAGUUUAUUGAUAUUAAAAAUUUGAAUCCCAACUUAGAAGACCAGACUGUAUGGAUAAGAGGACGUUUACAUACUAGCCGUGCUAAAGGUAAACAAUGUUUUAUUGUUUUAAGACAACAAUCUUACACAAUACAAGGUUUAGCUGCAGUCAAUGAAAAAGUCAGCAAACAAAUGAUUAAGUUCUUAUCCAAUAUUACCAAAGAAUCUAUUGUGGAUAUUGAAGCAAUUGUAAAAUGUGUUCCUUCUCAAAUUGAGUCGUGUACUCAAAAAGAUGUUGAAGUUCAUAUUGAAAAAGUUUUUGUAAUAAGUGCUGCAAAACCACAAUUACCUUUACAAAUUGAAGAUGCUUCAAGGCCUGUUGGAGAAGCUGAUGAGAAUGCUUUGAACAUAAAAGUGAAUCAGGAUACUAGAUUGGAUAACAGAGUCUUGGAUUUAAGGACUCCAGCCAAUCAGGCUAUAUAUAGAGUUGAAGCAGCUGUUUGUAAAUUAUUUAGAGAUAUACUUACAAGUAAAGGAUUUGUUGAAAUUCAUACACCAAAGAUCAUAUCUGCUGCAAGUGAAGGUGGUGCAAAUGUGUUCACAGUAUCGUAUUUUAAAGGAAAUGCUUAUUUAGCACAAUCUCCACAACUUUAUAAACAAAUGGCGAUAGCUGCUGAUUUUGAUAAAGUUUUUACCGUAGGAGCAGAUCCACCAUUAAAAUUAGAAUUUAAGGAUGCUAUUGACUUAUUGGCGGAAGCUGGUAUAACUUUGGGCGAAGAAGACGAUUUAUCUACACCAGAUGAAAAAUUAUUGGGUAAACUGGUUAAAGCAAAAAAAAUAUCAAAUUCUUACGACAUGUUCAUGCGCGGCGAAGAGAUCAUUUCUGGUGCACAACGUAUUCAUGAUCCUGAACUUCUUACAGAACGUGCAAAACAUCAUGAAAUUGACUUAGAAAAAAUAAGAUCAUAUAUUGAUGCAUUCAAAUACGGUUGCCCUCCUCAUGCUGGUGGUGGUAUUGGAAUGGAACGCGUUGUUAUGUUGUAUCUUGGCUUAGACAACAUUAGGAAAGUUUCGAUGUUCCCUCGUGAUCCGAAGCGCAUCACGCCAUAAAAUUUCAGCUUUAAAUUAAUUGCUAUAUAUGUACAUGUAUGUACUUACAUAUAUUAUGUAUAACUAAUGUAUUUAUACAAUUUUUAAUUCCUUUAUUAUCGAGAAAAUCAAUAAAUGAACAUUUUGAUUACGUUCUUAAUUAAUUAAAAUAUUUAUACGGUAUGUAUUUAUUAUGAUACAUUAUAUGUAAACUGUAAUAAUAAUAAAAAAAAGAAUAU